ACACAGAAGAAGUAGAUUGCAGUCGUAGUGAUGGCAGAUUGGGGACCGGUGGUGAUAGCGGUGGUGUUGUUUGUGCUGUUAAGUCCGGGAUUACUGUUUCAGCUGCCGGGGAAGAGCAGAGUGGUGGAGUUUGCCAACAUGCAAACCAGCGGACUAUCCAUCCUCGUCCACACCAUCAUCUUCUUUGGCCUCAUCACCAUCUUCCUCAUCGCCAUUGGCGUCCACAUCUACACUGGAUGACCACCACCAUUAGCUUGCAACUGUCUCUCAGUUCAUGUUCUUACGUACGCUUGAUUCAGAAACACCUGCAUGCUAUGAAUUUAUAAAAGGGCUACACCUUCUUAAGAGUUGCUCAAGCUUCAUUUUCAUCUUAUGAUCUUUUUUUGGGUGGAUUUCCUAUAAGUUUCUAAACUAAUUAAGUCUUCGACUACAGAAUUUAAAUGUUCUUCAGCUUGAUUACUCAUUAGUACGCGCCACAACUGUUUGGUCUCAGUGGCAUAAGUCUUCCCUUCGUUAAGAUAUCUCAAAUUCAACUGGUGGUUGUUUUAGCGGUAGUUGAUGGUUAAACCAAGAAAACCUACACAUGCAUUAGAAUCUA